AGAUUGGUCUGGGCAAACUGGAGGGACAGAACAGUCGGAGAUAGCAGAACAAGAUGUGAGCAGAGAUCAGGACAGUGGCAGUGUUGCGAUCCCUCAGAGUAUUGGUAGGAUUAGUGGGAUCAGUGUCGGUGGCCCGGCCAGUGGGCACGCAGGGGAGCUCACAGUCACUUCUGCACGUACAGACCCCCAAACCGGGCAGCCAAUCAGGCCUCUAGGUCAGCGGGAGCACCCUCCGAACACCAGGGAAAAGUGGGUGGGUGGAGACGGGGAGAGCCAGGGUGUCACACGAGCUGCAGAGGAGUCAAAAACUGUCCUGAGCCCUAAGGAGACAAGACAAACUUCAAACAAAAAACGAGACUUUGAGAGCAAGGCUGUGGCCUAUAUUGGGACUACAGCUAUGGAGGAGCAGGGAAUUGGGAAGAAAUCAGAGCUUGGUAAUAGCAAGUCAGGUCCUGAGGCUCAGACCAGGGGUCUAACAGCCAUGUGCGAUCCCACUAGUGAGGAAGACUUCGUGGUGCUUGAGAAAGAUGACACUUGGAUGUCAUCAGAUGGGGAAAAGAACAGCACUUUUGGCAGCAGGAUAAAAACCGAGACUCUUCAAUCGUCUAUUAAACGAAGAGUUGAGGAAGACUCUUCUGCUAGCUACAUUGACGAUAAUCUUCAGCAACCCUCCAUGAAUGCCCCUCAUGAAAAGGAGAAGAAAAGCAGUAGAAAAUCUAACACACUUUCAGUCACGACUGACAGUGUGGAAGCACAUGCAAGGAGUUUUGAGAGGGAAAUGGGUCAACAUUUGGCUGAAGUGACAGGCAGCAGGUGUUGGCUAAAAGGAGUGAGUCAUGUUGGAGCUACCCACACUGAGACAACUGGGAGAGGAGAAGCAGAGAGGGAGCAAAACAUGAAUGACCACGGGAAGGGGCAAGUUUCCACAAACAUUAAGGAGCACAUGCCUACACAAGACUGCAGCGGCUCGGUGAAAAGAUUAAGAAAGAGUACUGAUGAUCUGGAAAGCAGGCUUGAUAAAGCAGUUCAGUUGAGUAUGCAGGAGGAGCUUGGCGUGGAGGGAGCGAUGAAGUCGAACUGGGACUCGUGCUUCAAAAAGGUAGAUUCUUCUUUAAGAGAAUCAGAAAAUGAAGACAAGGAGAGCCACAAUUCAGGAUUUAUUGCUCAAAAAACCCAAGUGGGAGCGGAUCAGUCCCAUCAGAACAGGUUUGCUGGUGCUGUCUCUAAGAGAGCUAAAGUAGGCAAUCUUAGUUUGUACACCAAGAAAGGUGAAAGCCAAGCAGCCAACUCUCACCUCCCAAAGUCCCCUAUCUCUGAAAUACCACCACUGCAAGACCCUCCCUCAUUUUCAAUGGAACAAUGCGAUUUGAGCCCUUGUCCUCCUCUGCCAGGGAACGAAGACGGAGAUGGAAAGAUACAGGUUGCGAGCUUAAAGAGGGAGAGCGCACUUGUGUGUUUCUCUGCUGUCAUCACCCCUCCACCUGUAACUCGUCUGUUGCCUAGGAGAGACACAUCAGUGGCAACACAAGUCGGUACAAGUCUGGUAAACACAGACACCACGCCCGCCUCAUGUGAGUCAAAAGAUGAAUCUAUGCCAAAAGAAAAGCCCAAAGUUAAAGGUCCACCUCCACCUGUCCCCAAAAAACCUAAAAACCCUUUUAUAAAGCUCAAAACUGCACAAUUAAUGUCCACCGAUGUUAAAAGAAGAGGAAAAGAUCAUCCACGUUCUGAGGAGAGGGUCAAGAGGAGACACACUUUUCAUUUUAACAAAGAUCUUCCAUGCAACACUCCAACUAAUCAUGACAUGUGCUUGCUGUGGGAUGAAAGGGGUACUUACACAGUCCCAACCAAUAAACGGCCGCUGUCGGUUGAUCUCAGCCCUUGGGAACAUCUGUCGCUCAAACACAUGGAUGAUCACUACGGAGAUAUGGUCGGCUUUGACUACUGUGUCCGAAUAGCAAAAUUGUCUCCAGAAGAGGAGCCGCAAAACCUGGACAUGUUGCAGAGAGGAGUAUUCCUGGAGAGACGAUCCAGAUUUAAAAGGUCACCACCUCCUGUUGCAAAAAAGCCUCCAACUUGUUUUGCAUCCACAGAGAGCCUACACAUACCUGAGGUCAGUUCAGACAAUGAAAUCCAAAGACCAAAACCUGCUUGUUCAGGGAAAAGAGAAACCUACCCUGAGCUCCCAUCUGAAAGAGUCAGCAAUGACAGCCAUGGCAACUAUGGUAGCCAUAAAGACGUAAUUGAUUAUAGUGAUGAUAGAGAUGCAGGAAAUGGCAAUGACGUGGGUUCAUAUAAACCCGUGGCAGAAAUGAUCAAAGAAAGAAAUCAAAUGCAGAGACAUCAGCGCCGGGUCAAACCUGAGGGGGCCAAAGCUCAGGUUCGGGUGGCAGAGCAGAGUCCAAGUGUGAAAGUAUCCCAAAUGAAGGAUGCCUUUGAUGUCCCAAAGAAAUCCAAAGAGAGACCACCAGAAGUUCAACCAUCUUCAAAAAAAGAUAUGUUGCGGCGAGUUGUGCGACAGAGCAAGUUCCGUCAUGUUUUCGGUCAGGCCGUGAGGAACGACCAGUGCUACGAUGACAUCCGUGUGUCCAGGGUCACAUGGGACAGCUCCUUCUGUGCCGUCAACCCCAAAUUUGUUGCUAUCAUCAUAGACGCCAGCGGGGGAGGAGCCUUUCUUGUCCUUCCUCUACAAAAGUCUGGCCGUAUAGACAAGGUCUACCCUACAGUAUGUGGCCACACAGGCCCCGUGUUGGAUAUCGACUGGUGUCCUCAUAAUGACCUCGUCAUUGCUAGCGGCUCGGAGGACUGCACGGUCAUGGUUUGGCAGAUCCCUGAGAACGGACUUGAGACUCCCCUUUCAGAGCCUGUGGUCGUGUUAGAGGGCCACUCCAAGCGGGUCGGCAUUGUGUCCUGGCAUCCCACCGCUCGCAACGUUCUCCUCAGUGCAGGGUGUGACAACCAGAUUAUCAUUUGGAAUGUGGGCACGGGAGAGGCCAUGAUCAACCUGGAGGACAUGCACCCUGAUGUUAUAUUUAGUGUCAGCUGGAGCCGCAAUGGCAGCCUACUGUGCACCGCCUGCAAGGACAAGAAGGUCCGUGUCAUCGACCCCCGUAAACAAAAGGUUGUUGCGGAGAAGGACAAAGCACAUGAAGGAGCUCGACCAAUGAGAGCAAUCUUUUUAGCAGACGGAAACAUUUUCACCACUGGAUUCAGCCGCAUGAGCGAGCGCCAGUUAGCCCUGUGGAAAACUGAAAACAUGGAUGAGCCAAUAUGUGUUCAAGAGAUGGACUCCAGUAAUGGAGUUCUGCUGCCCUUCUAUGACCCCGACACCAACAUAGUCUACCUGUGUGGAAAGGGUGACAGCAGCAUUCGGUACUUUGAGAUCACUGAUGAGGCACCGUUUGUUCACUACCUCAACACCUUUUCCACGAAGGAGCCCCAGAGAGGCAUGGGAUACAUGCCCAAAAGAGGUCUGGAUGUCAACAAAUGUGAAAUUGCAAGGUUUUACAAAUUACACGAGAGAAAAUGUGAACCAAUCAUCAUGACAGUCCCGCGCAAAUCGGAUCUGUUCCAGGACGACCUGUACCCCGACACAGCCGGGCCUGAUCCCGCCCUGGAGGCAGAGGAGUGGUUCACAGGGAAGAACGGAGGCCCCAUCCUGAUCUCACUCAAAGAUGGAUACGUCUCCACGAAGAACCGAGAUCUGAAAGUGGUCAAGACGAACGUCUUGGAGACCAAGCCAGCCUCAAAAGCAGAAAACAUCCCGACUGUCCAGAAGCGUGUUUUUCCUCAGCCCUCAGUAAAAAUGGAAGAUAAACUGGAAGAGGUACUUCGAGAGUUCAAGUCACUCAGGGACCGUGUCAUUCUCCAAGACCGUCGAAUCGCCAGACUGGAAGAGCAGGUUGCCAAGGUUGCCAUGUAAAGGCACAGCCCCUUCCCACGACCGUCCGUAGUUUUGGAGAGUGUCGAGUGGACGGGGUCGGCCACAGCCAAAUUCUCGAGAUUCGGCUUCAUUGAGCUUGGCGUCAUCCCUGCGAUGAGACCAAGCCUACAUUCCAAUAAGUCUCCAGUUUCACACUUUCGCCCCGACACACACACAGAAACGGAAAAACUCUUGCAGCUCACGUAUACAUUUGAAGAAAAGACAUUUUUGUUGAAGGAAAAGUCUUAACUCUUUUUUGUUUUGUUUUCAAAUUUGUGGUAAAACAUUCUUAUGUGAAGUUUGUACUUACUACUCAAAAACUGUAUGUAGCAUCAGUAUUUCCAUUGUUACUUUUUGUGUUGCCAAAUAUGAGUCGUGUGUUUUUUCAUGCACUGCUUUUACAUUGACUUUCUCUCCUGUUAUACAUUCCAGUGAAAACCUAGUAGAUUGAUUUAGUCAAGCUGGAUUUUUUUUUAACAAUAGCUGUUGAACUUUUUUCCUCCCACCAAUUUGCUCAUUCAUAACCAUCAGAUUUAUGAAUGUGAAAGAAUUCCUGAAUUCUUAAAUUUGUUUCCGUUCUUCUGGGCUUCAAAUUUAACAUUAGGGUUUUACUGGGGGGGAGGGUUGCAUAUCUCUGGUGUAAAUGUUGUGCAAAUGUAGUGGUGCCUCUUGUCACUGUUAAGGGUCAAACUAAAGUCGCCCUCACUGGUGCGUAUUUGGUGUUGGGAAGGGACCACUCACCCAGCUCUUGUUUCACUGAACCUCUGACAAACAGUUCUGUGCACAAAAUAAAGAUUUUACACAUGAA